UAUAAAAGCAACAAGAAUACUGGGCCUCAGAUUCGCAAGUGAGAUUCACCAUGGGUCUCGUCUCGGCAGCUGCUCUUCUUUUGGCCGUCGUGGCCGUCACCAACGCUCAGUACCUGGUUCCCGACCCUAACUCAGGACUCGUCUUCGUCUACCCUGGUCUAGUUCCAGUUUCCGAAAAUGGUGUUCCCCUGAUCCGUCUUGAACGCUCUCCCUUGCCUCAACAGUAUCCUGGUGGACACAAUAAGCCCCACAGACGCCCAGGUGGUAAUCAAGGUGGCUAUAACAACGCAUACCCUGGCGGUGCAGGCGGUUACCCUGGUGGUGCUGGCGGUUUUCCCGCUGGAGCCGGAGGAUUUAACGGAGGCGGAUUGAACCAAGGAGGAUUUAACGGAGGUGGAUUAGGAGGAUUUGGAGGCAUUCCUGCCGCAGGCGCAAGUGGCAGCUCUAGUUUUGCCUCCUCGUCCAGCCAGAGUUUCAAUCAGGGUGGUCCUCUAGGAACUUCAGCUUCCGGAAGCACUUCGAACGCGGGCACCAACACUUUUGGAACGGGUGGUGGUUUGGGCGCUGGAGCUGGAAGCGCUGGUGCUACCGGCAGUGCAGGAGGCAUUGGAGGUAUUGGAGGCUCAAACAGCGCCGCUCAAGCCGGAACGCAGACCGUCGCCGUUGGAAAAUGAGAAAAGAGAGAAAUGACAAAGAGCAACCCAAACUUUUUUAUCAAUAAAAAAUGAA